AUGGUGACACGGACGAAGAAGAUAUUUGUGGGCGGCCUCUCGGCACCCACGACGCUAGAAGAUGUCAAAAACUACUUCGAGCAGUUUGGCAGGAUCGAAUGCCCGAUAAGAAAAGGGAGAUGGAAUAAGAGAGGCCCCCGACUCCACCAACCCCAUUGCAACACCCCGCAACCCAUUGCCAACACCGCCACCCAUUGCCACCACGCCAAUCCCCGUUGCAACACAACCCCAUUGCCAACAAAGCAACCCAUUGCAACACCGCCAAGCCAUUGCCACACGCGAACCCAUUGCCGCCACCACCGCAAUCCGUUGCCAACCGCCAACCCAUUGCCACACCGCCAACCCCAUUGCCAACACCCGCAACGCCAUUGCCAACACGCCAACCCACUUGCCAACCGCAACCCCAUUGCCAACACCGCCAACCCAUUGCCACACCGCCAACGCCCAUUUGCCAACACGCCAACCCCAUUGCCAAUACCGCCACCCCAUUGCCAUAACACCGCAACCCCGUUGCCAACACCGCCAAUCCCGAUUGCCAAACGCGAACCAUUGCCAACACCGCAACCCAUUGCAACACCGCCAACCCCAUUGCCAACACGCCACCCCAUUGCCAACACGCCAACCCCAUUGCCACACCGCAACCCAUUGCCAACGACCCAUUGCAACACCGCCAACCCCAUUGCCAACACCGCCAACCCCAUUGCCAACACGCAACCCCAUUGCCACACCCAUUGCCAACCCGCACACCAUAUCCAACCACCACCAACCGCCACCUUUUCCAACACCACUUUGAACAACACCAUCGCCAGACGGGCACCACACUCAGCGCCUUCUGUGGCCACCCAACACCCUUUCCAGCACCUCUUCCAACACCACCAGCCACAACACCCUUUCCAACACCGCUUCCAACCGCGCGCAAAGUCCACCUGCCACAACAACCUUUUCUAA